UGUGUAAGAAAAAACGCUCGUGCGCCGGUACACGAUGACGUCACUAAACUCUAUUCUAUCUCACUGAGAGGCACGCUCAAUAAUCCGGUUUUUCUGACGUUCUCUUCUACCUACGCAUGCCUGUGCUGUGUAUGUAGUUGUAACGGCAUCAUAAAUACGGUAAGGACAUAAAAGAAAACAUCAGUUUUUCUGAUGACAAUCUAAGAAGAUUAAAAUUUAUAUAAACAUGGCACAAGUCAAACAGUAUUCCUCAAACGUACUGGAUAUAACGCUUAUUAUUAAUAUGCGCAGUUCGCAAUUCACAUAGUAAUUAACAUUUUUCUACAGUAUUUCGCGAGAAUAUGUGUAUGUUUCUUUAAUUGGUUUUAGUAUUUUAAUGAAGGAAAUUAAAAUACUUUAAAUAAAUACGUUAAUUACGCGUUUAAGACAAGUCAUAAAGAAAUUAAUCUACGAAAAAAACAAGAAGAAAAUCUGAGAAUUUUUAUGCAGUAAGAUACUUCUUGAAAAGUGCUAAUGUCCAAAUAUGAGUCGUAACACGAAAAGUCGUAAAAAUGUACAAAGAAGAUCCGCGUUGUCGUUUGCUGGUGCGGAUGAUUCUAUUGACCAUUAUAUUGAUAACAUUAUUCAAUCUGAUCAUUGCAAAAACGUGGCGGAAAUUGAAAAAAGUGACGCCGCUUGUAUCCAGAAUGUGUUGAACGAUUUCGAUAAAAUGAUUAUGGAACAAAAGGCUUCCAAAGCAGGUAAUGCUACGAAAAAAAAACCGAAACAACCAAAGGAAAAAUCCGCGAUUAAGGAUUCAACGACAUCAACUUCUGAAGGAACUUUUUCAAAUAUGCAUUAUGACAUGCUCGAACCCAAAACCAAGGUUCAGACAAAAAAGAAAAGUUCAACAAAACAAACUCCCAAGACGGUAGAAGAAACAUCUUCGCGAGAACUCCAAUGCAAUACAGAUGAUGCAAAGAGAGCAGUUCAGAAAACUCCAGAACCUAGUGUCAAAGAGAUUGCCGCUAAAGAAUCAGUCAAAAAAGUAAACAAGAAAGACGUAAAAAAUACGAUUGAUACAAAUCUGUUAACAAGUACGCCCCAAAAAAAAUUGUUUGAAACAGUAGGAGGAGAAACGGCGAAAAGCGAAAAGUCGACCGUAAAUAAAAAGAAGCAAAAAAUGACAGAUUCUGAAAAUACAUCGAAGAAACAUGUCAAGCGCCAAAUAAAAAGGCAAAGAAAAAGAACAUUGAAAGAGAAACCGAAAGAUAUGGAGCGUUGUCAAGAUGAAGAUAAUACAAAAGUUUCUAAUAAAAAUGAUAAUUUAAAAGUGGAGGAACCUAAAAAUGUAUUAGAAGAAAACGUCGAAACAAAAUUAUAUAAAGAUAUGAUGAAAUGUAAUGUAGAAGAUGAGAAAUGCAAAUUGAAAAUUGUUAAGAAAUUAAAAGAUCUGAAGAGCUUUAUAGACAAAUCACCUAAAUGCGCUAUAUCAAAUACAUCUUCCAAACCAUUAAAAGAUAAUAUGGAAUGUACCAAAAAUCAAUGCAAAAAAGAGGGCGCAAAAAAUUCUCGCACAUAUGAGGAAGGCUUACUACAAGCUAAAAAACAAUCAGAGGAAAGAAAAGAAUUUAGAAAAUCUAAAAAGGCAGCAAAAGCUAUGGCUAAACUUAGUCAUGAAAUAUCAGCUGUCAAGAGAAAAAUGGAAUGCAUAAAAAAUGAUUUAGAAAGCAGAGAGUCAUUGGAUUCUAGUAGCGAUUAUUCCGACGAGUCAUCAUAUUCGUCUUAUUCGUCAUAUUCAUCUUCAUUUUCCUCCUCAUCACACUCGAGCGAUUGUAGUUGUUCAUAUUGCGAUUAUUACACGAGCGAUGAAUACACCGAGUAUACGUGUGGUUCGUCUGAUUCUUCGACUUAUAGUGCAAAUAGCGAAACAAGAUCAAAAGGAAGUAAAAACAAAAGCUCGCAUUGAAAUAAAAAUUAUAAAAAAAAUAAUAUUCAAAAUUAAAAUCGCACACACAUAUACGACAAAUUCAAAAUUUUAUUUUAAUAUAAUAAUAAUUUAUAUAAAAAAUUUUAUUGCUAAUACUUAUAUAUAAUAAUCUGUAUACUUUAUUUAUAAUUUAUGUUUUUGUAAUAAAUAAUUAUAGUUUAGUUAAAGAAAGAGAGAGAGAAAAAGCGCGAAUUUAAAUGGAUUGAAUCUAACAGGAUACAGAAAGUUUUUUAAAAUCGAUGUGUACAUUUUUGUACUAUAUUCAAUAUGUCACACUUAAUUCUACACUUAAAUUAUCAUAUUUUUUAUCCAUGUUAAUUAUUAUUUGUUUUACAACAAUAUAUAAAACUAUAAUUUGUUACAGUUUAUUACUAAAUAUAAUUUUAUUUUAUAGUUUUAUUCAUUAAAUAUCUAAUUAGCUAAAUUCUUAACUGUAUAACUAUAAUUAUA